AUGGCAUCCAACAGGUCGAAAAAGAUGAUAGAGCUUGUUCAGCUUCGAAAGCCGGCGCCACAACGGGCAACACAAGUUAGAGAACAUGAAUCGGUGCCAUCAACUGAAGUGAAGAUGUUAGCUGAUAUAACAAACAAGCCCGAAAAUCAGCGUUACUCAACGUACAGCAAUAUUUUGAAAUUUUGGAAUCGGCUUCAGUCAGUAAUGAAAAUCAUCUUCAUAACAUCACAGUUAUUCAGGAUUGCACUGAUGGGAGACAUUCAAAAUCUGAAAAUAGCGAUGUCGAUUUAA